AUGCCUGCCACAGUACCAGCAGACCGGAUUUGUAUACCCUUCCGCCGUCACCCUUCUUACAGUCUUAGAUGUUCCCUCGUCUGUAGCAAGAGACAUAAGGAAGAGCACCCCGUCGAGGAGGAAAAAACACCUGCUCUGCAAGCUGCUCAGACGCCAGCUGAUGGCACCUCCAACGCGGAACAACCGGAUGAAUAUAACAAAAUCUUCGCAAAGUAUCCCGUCCUGGCAACUUACCUCAAUCAGAUCUAUGAUGAGACUGAGCCACCUUCAAGCCUGACUCCUAACCCUGACGACGGCGGUAAGAGCGGCGGCCUCAAGCGCAAACAGCAGCGCAAACCUUGGACGCGCGAAAUUGGUGUGCAGAAUGCCUUGCACAAGCUGCGCCAUCUGCGUGAUCAGGACACCACUGGUGCCUUGAAGGAGUUUUGCGCGCUGGUUCAUAUGUUAAACGCCGAGAAAGCAGAAGAGGACGCCAGGAAGCUGGAGGCACAAAGGGAUGCGGAGACGAUUGCGCAGAUGAUUCGGGACGAGCGGGACUAG